AAGCCUGGAUACGACUUAGGAUGCAGAUAAAAACCAUCACUAAUUAACGUCCUAUCAUUAAUCAUUUCAAAUGUCAAGUUUAAUUAGUGUUCCUCUAGUGAAUUAGCAUCUAGAUUGUCAACCUGAGUUAGUUGCGCUCUUAUUUCAAGAGUAGCAUCUUGUCUUGACCCUAUCAAGAUGCCUGCAGGCGUAAUUUUUAUAGUUUGCAUACCCUCAAGCAAUUACGAGCAUAUCCUUAAAUUUGGAAAACCGAAAGAUAUAAUAUCGAUUGAAGAUGGAGAAAUAAAGCAGCCACGUUUAGAAGUAGAACUGCGCAGUAAAAAGUCCAAAGUAAUCCCGAUACAUUUGACGCAGCAGUAUUACAACGAAGGAUUCAAUCCGACGAUGGAAAAUAUCAAACAAGAUGAUGAGUUUAUCACUAUGGAAAGUAUACUACAAGAGCUGCUGAAGAAGCUCCGCGUAGAGCACGCGGUGUGGCUCAGCGACGCGGCCGGGAACUACUUCCAGGUGGUGUUCCCCGCGCCCGCCGGCGACCGCACGGAGACCCUGCUGCACUGCCUCACGCAGCUCGGCGUCGGCGUCCGCUGCAAGUCUAUUGUCAGCGUUUUACCAUGCAGCGUCGUGCAUUCAGCUCUCGAUCUUGAUGAAGAAGACGACGAGGAAGUCAUCAUGAAGACCGAGGAUGCUAAACGUUGGCGCGCAUUUGUAGACUCCAUCAGAUCAAAGCUGACCGUGAAGCAGGUUGUAGAUGGCGUCAGAGGAGGAGGGGAGCUGUCUUUUGACUACCUCACUCUGAUCAUUACUGCUGAUUCGUUAGCAGCCCUCGGUCUUGUGGAAAACAACGCAUCUAACAUCGUAGCAGCCAUGUUGGUAUCACCCCUGAUGGGCCCAGUGAUGUCCAUAACUUUCGGCACAAUUAUUUCUGACAGAGGCCUCGUCAGAAGCGGAUUCGAGAGUUUGGUCUUGGGAAUGUUCGUUUCUCUCUUAUUUGGCUUCAUUUUCGGGCUAAUUUUGGGAUCGACUGACAUGCCAUGGGGUUUUGGUGAUUGGCCAACGGAAGAGAUGAAAGGAAGAGGAAAUGUUCGAUCUUUAUGGAUGGGUGUCUUAUGGGCCUUGACAUCCGGUACUGGAGUAGCACUGGCGUUAUUGCAGGGAAGUGCUGGUCCACUCAUCGGUAUUGCCAUAUCUGCAUCUUUACUACCGCCUGUUGUCAACUGCGGUUUAUAUUGGGCCCUGGCUUGCAUCUGGUUGUUGAAUCCUGGGGUUAAGAUCCCCCACAUCAAGGGUGAAGCCUACACUGGAAACUCUUCAUACACACCCUUGUACCAUGACUACUUGCCUAUUGAGUUUGCUGUUAAUGGAAUAGUAAGUUGCUGCCUGACAAUAGUGAACGUGAUCUGCAUCUACAUAACGGCGAUCAUGUUCCUGAAGAUCAAGGAGGUGGCGGCUCCGUACACCUCCACUCCAGACCUGAGGAGGUUCUGGGAGCAGGACAUCCGCGUGGCGCGGGAGGCCAACCAGGCCAACCUUAAGGCUGAACAGGAUGAACGGGCCGAGCUCGUACUAGAAGACCUGAACUCCUCGGACUCGGAGGUGAAGGAGCGCCUCGAGGCCGCCGUGCAGGAGGCGCUGGAGGACGACGAGACCUACCGGAAGGUCAAGCGCAUGAGCUACCAGAGCCACAAUGCGGACGAGGUAAUACGAAGUAUCGGCCUCCAUUCAAAGACUUCAUCUCCGAACCGCCUCAGCCAAAUCAACCCGGACCGUCCACCAAGCUACCACCCGGCUAAAGGAACCAACCCCGAGGACAUUGCAGCGUUAGACAAACUCCUUACAAGCCUUCUAGGGACGGGACAAAACCGAAGAUCCAGGUCCUUUUGCUCCCAUAGGGGAACACCUAGAGCUAGUCGAAUGCCGGUCAUCAGUGAAAUAAGGAAUAGAAGGUCUGAAGGUUGGCCGGAUAGAAUCUUCGAGAAUACGGUUGUUCAGAGCGUUGUUAGCAACCUUAAGACGAACAGGAAAAGCUCGCAAGCCGAAGACCCCUUUUUGACUCCGAAGUAAAUAGGUGAGAUGAGC